AUGUCCGACUCGGCCUCAUCACAAGCGCCAAAGGCGCCCACCACACCCAACCGUCGUCCCGAGGUCUGCGGUCCACAUGCACCAGAGCGUCCCUAUCCCAUUUACCUCCGCGGCCAGGUCGAAAAGGGCUUCGGCCGUGGCUCCAAGGACCUCGGAUGCCCAACAGCAAACUUGCCGUCCAAGGUCGUCGGUCCAGGCUCUUCUCUCACCCGCACCGGCGUCUACUUUGGUUUCGCUCGCGUCCUGCCCCAAGAUCCUGACGAUCCUUCGCUCACCGACUCCGAGGACGUCGAUAUUCCUGGCUCGUCACACGCCCAAACAGCAUCAUCUAGCGCCGAUUUCGACGACGACGACGACAACGAGGUGGUGCUCGGCGCCAGCCCCAUCGGCGACAUGGGCGAGGGCUUCCUCGACGGCGGCCUUGCCCGCCCUCGACAGAAUAGCCGCGGCCAGCCUAGCCCGGCUUCCGUGCUCGGCGCCGCCACAACAUCAGCAGACCCUCGCGCGGACAAGGAGGCAGAAGUCAGCCGCUCCGAACUCAGCAAUGGCGCUUCCAACGCUGCCUCCGCCGGUUCCUUCCACGGCGCAACCGCAUCCACCUCUUCCUCGUCGAGCAGUCUCGCACGCAGGAGGAAGACCAAACGCGUCCAUCUGCGUCCCGAAGAUUCGCAGGUCUUCCCCAUGGUCAUGAGCGUCGGCUGGAAUCCCUUCUACAAGAACACGCACAAGACCGCCGAGGUCCACAUCCUGCACGAGUUCGCCUCCGACUUUUACGGCCUCGAGAUCCGCGUCGUCGUACUCGGCUACGUGCGUCCAGAGUACAACUACGACUCGAUGGACGCACUGAUCGAAGACAUCGAGAUGGACAAGAAGGUCACUGUCAACUCGCUUGCACGGCCGCUGUACCAGGACUACUCACAAGAUCCCUUCCUCGGCCGUUAG